GAGGAGGGAGAAGAGACCCAGACGGAAAGAGGCCACAUCAGACAAGGUCGCCUUUUCUGGCGACACAGCAGCUGCCAGAGCGUGGUGCUGAAUGUCAGCCGCCCGCUCAGCCCAGGGAUCCAGGAACUCGCAGAGGCACUUGGUGCUACCACGCAAACAAAGGCGAGGUCGAGAGGGAAGCGAGGAGCUGCUCCGCUUGGGAUCUGCGGAAAGCAAAGCUCACCUCCCCGGGCCGAGGAAGCCCCGCGGAGCGGAGGGGGUCCGAGAGGCCGAGGAGCCAACGGGAUUUCCUUGCGGAGACCCGUUUCCUUGCGGGACGCAGCAGAACUCUGGACAGCGCCCGGCGAGCCCCGGGAGCAGCUGCCGGCGCCGCCAGCUCUCAGACUCCUGCAAAAAUAAUAAUAAUAAUAAUAAUAAUUAAAUAAAUAAAUAAAGCCCUGGAGGAUGUCUUCUCCCCUCGGGGACUGCGACCCCCCAAGCGAGGAAUAUCCAUCUAGGAUCCGCGUCUGAACGCGCAAGGGGGUGGAACUGCCGCUGUUUUUUUUUUUUUCUUCCUUUUUCUUUUUCUUUCUUUUUUUCUUUGCCUCAGGCCGGGUCUGGGAAGAGAGUCUGCGGUUCUACAAAUCCCAGCCUUGGUGGAUCUUGUUUCACUGGUGAAGAAAGAAAAGUUUUGGGGUCUGGUGGGGGCGGAAGGGGUAAGGAGGAUAGUGGAGAAAAGAAGGUGGAUGGUUGGUUUCCCUCUCUGAUCUGGAAGGAAUGAUGACCGUGGAAGGAUGUGCACCAGCGGCCAGAUUAUUGGGAGCCUCUUGGUGCUCUCUGUACUGGAGAUAGGGCUGGGGGUGUCCAGCGUGGCCGUGGGGGCGGUCAGCUUCAGCCUGGCCCUCCGAGAGCACAAGCCGCAGCUGGGAGACUCGUCCCCGGUAUGGAGCGGGGUGUGUUUUCUUCUUUGUGGAAUAUGUGGAAUACUGUGUGCCAAAAAAAAAUCUGGACUGGUCAUGAUCCUCUUUUCUGCCUGCUGUAUCUGUGGACUCAUUGGGGGCAUCCUGAAUUUUCAGUUCCUUCGGGCAGUGACAAAGAAGUCCUCUUCCCUUUACCCCCUGCAUCUUGCCUCCAUGUCUCUUGCGUGCAUAGGGAUUGGGGUCUGCACCCUUUCCUCAUGGCUCACAUGUCGACUUGCCAGCUAUGAACAGAGGAGGAUGUUUUCGGAAAGGGAGCACUCCUUGCACCACUCCCAUGAAAUGGCUGAGAAAAGAUUGAGGGCUAUUGAAAUAACCGACUUGCCCAGCUGCCCGGUGGUGCCCCCGACACCAGAGUUACCUACAAGGAAAUGACAGACAACAUGAGCAAUGGAGGACCACAACUGAUAUUUAAUGGAAGAGUAUAAUCAAUGUUUUAAAUAACUGAACAUUUUAUACCAUUUUCAAAUACCAAAGGAUUAGGAGAAAAAUACUAAACACUUCUUGCAUUUGCUGUUAUCUCUUCUGAGCAAACACUAAAAUUACUCCUUUUCAAUUUUGCCUCACUUAUUUCCUUGAUAUUUUUUAUUGGGUGAAACUUUCCAGAAAUGCUCUAGAACAGAAAUUUCAACAGACUUUCCCGAUUGCUCUAUGGAAAAAGUAUCAACAAGUGAAACAAAACAGAAAGAUUCCUAUUCUAUACAACACUAUUUGAUUAGCAUGAAUGUUAGAUUUGUAAUGACAUGUUUCAUAUAAGUAAAUUAAAAGUGCAAAUAUCAAGAAAAAAUUAUAACUUAUUGAUGUCUUUGUUUUGAAAGACGAUGGCUUCAGGAAUGCCACAAUACAAAACCUCAGCAAUGCCUUGUUACAAAACAUUGUAAUUAUUUUCAAUUUGUGAAUGAAUUAUAUUUCAUAAUUUAUUUAUAAGCAACAUAAACCUAAAGCAUAAACAAGAGAUUUUUUUAGAGAGAGACAAUAUUAAUCUGUAUGAUAUUUUUGCAUUUUUGCACAAGAGUGAAAAGUUGUACAUGAAUAUCAUUUAAGGAAAAUAAACAUGCUUCAAUUAUUUACUAUGCAGAUUUAUCUGCAUUUUAUUGAAUGAGAAGAAGAAUAAAAGUCUGUAUGUGUAUAUACCAUUGUAAAUAUAGAAAAUAUAUACAACAUAUAUUUGUAGCAUCCAUACAUGUACAGAAGAGGUAGAAAAGAAAUUUGUGAUGUUGUGGGGAAUAUUUUCAACAUACUGUCCCCAUAGAGACAAGAAAGGCUUUUUUUUAAUGCCUAUAAAAUCAAAAAUUUUAUUUCUCCUGUUUGCUCAUUUUUAAUUUUAUUUUAUUGUGUCUUCUAUUUGUAUGUAGAUUCUGAUUGAUAUUUAUGGAUUUAAGUGUUUGGCAUAGUGUAGAAUAAGAUAGAUCAUUAUAAGUCUGUAUUUUACCAUAUUAUGACAUUUAUGUAAUGGUAAUUAUUAAAAUCAAUUUGCAAACCAAACAACUUUAAAUCACAUGCUUCUACAUUCAUACAGACAUAAUCACUUAGUAUAAUCCAAUUAAGUUAUAUAAAAGGACAGAUGGUGUACACCCAGAAUAUGAAGUUAUAAUUAUCUUUGCUAUAAUUUUAGAGCUCUUACAAUUAUUAUGGAAUAAUAAAAUAAAUUAUUUUAAAGAAUACACAGGUUCAAGGUACAUGAAAACAUAAUAUAGAAGAAAAUUUAAAAAUAACAUAGCUUGAUUCAGUCUUUCUAUUUCACAAUGGAAUGGUAAAAUUGAAACCUAUGAUGAUAUGUGACUAUUGACAAGAAAACAGCAGGUCUUUAAAAAGAUUUUUGAAAAUAGAACUUUGGAAAAAAAGUAAGUAAUUAUAAUGUCUUAACACACAUAACUCCUCACUGCAUUGUAUACAUUUCUUUCACCAAAGCUAAUUUUCAGGUCAUUUUUAUAAGUUAAUUAAACCAUAAAAUAACACUUUUAAUAUCUAGUUUGAGAACAUGUUAUAAUUUAGAAACAAAAUAGGCAUUUGAAAUAUGCUAACAAAAUAAAAGCAAUUCUGGUUAGUGGAAAUCUGAAGAAACGUGAUGAUCAUCUACCAUAUUUAAAACAGCUAUUUAAAAAUUCUAGCUGCAUAUAUUCAAAAAAUCAUUUGACUAUAGUUAUUUGGUGUAAUUUUUUUAGUCUUCCAACUCAUUUGAAUAGCUUUGUUAACAGUAGGUUGUAGAUCUUGCCCCCCCAAAUACACCUCAGAUAGUGAAUCAAUAUUAUCAUUGUUUUCAUUUGAUGUCAAAAGCAGGAAUGAUGUUUAUCACUAAAAUGUACUACAAUACAAUACAUAUAUUUUUGUGUGUACAUCGCUUUAUUGAAUUAUCCAAGGAUGUAGUUUUGUACUGAAAGAUUAACCACCAACUUUAAUUUUAGGUGGUACUCUUUGUAGAUAUGUUUGUACAAUAUAGAGUUUGAUAUAUUAGUGAGAUGUUUUAAUGACUUUUGGACUAAUUUACGAGAUCACACAUUAAAGGAAAAAAUUAAGCUUAUCACUGCUUUUACAUAGAGUUAAGAAGACAUGCAUUCAUCACAAUUAUCCAAUAAUGUAUUUAACCAAAAAUAUCUAUCUGUCUUUAAAUGUAAUUAUUUUUACUUGAUAAUUUCAAGACUUGAUUAUUUAUAGUAAUUUAUUUGGGAUGUGAGUUUUUUUGAAAUAAGUAGGGAAAAGUUAGAAAGAUGUUUAAGUACUUGAAAAUUAAAUUUUCACAAUGCUUUAAAUGAUGAAUCAGACUUUUUAAGUUACUACAUUGAAGUUUUACCCUUGGAAAAAGUAAUGUGAUGCUAAAUUAGGAAAAUGGUGUUGUGAAUAGUAACAUGGUUUGUUGUCAAGAGUAGCUACAAGAGUUGGCCAUACAAGAAUAAAAAAAAAAUGUAGAAUCUGCCUUGAGGUUUUUUUUAAACCUAUUAUCUGAGUGUCUGUGUUUGUGUGCAUCUGUGUGUGUUUUAUUGUGUGUUAAGAUACACAUUUAACUGUUUAGAAGUGGUAUGAUGGAACAUGGAUUAGUGACUUUAUUGAUAUGUUUGUGUAAUAAAAUUGUGUGUUUUAAAACUA